ACCUAUGCCACUGCCUAGCGUAGCAUCCUAACCUCUUCUGUCAUUCUUUUUCAGUUUGUGACUUCUACUCGAUUUUGAUUAAGUAUAAUAACAAUAAUAGCCACAAUUAUGUUUAAAUAACUUGACCUGAUGAACAUGCAACAUUAAUAAAUAUUAUAAUAAGUUGCAUCUGUUAAUUUUAGUGAUAUAAUGUCCGGCAAGAGGAAGAAUGCCCAUAGUGCACUACUGUGCUUUAAAAAAAGUGAGUAAAAACCAAUAAAAUAGAUAACCGUCAAUUUUAAAUUAGUCUUUCAAUGGCCAAUGUUUUCGAAGAAAACCUAAGAGAAGCAUCUUGUGUGGGUGAUAUUGAAGCUGUUGAAUCGCUUUUAAAACACAAUGUCGAUAUAAAUUCCAAGAACGCCGUAAAUGGAUGGACUGCUUUACAUUGGGCUUGUAAACGUGGCAACGAAGAUGUUGUGAAGAUAUUAAUGAACAACGGUGCAGAUCCUAAGGUGGAAACUUUUAAGGGAGAGACUGCGGCACAUUUAUGUUCAAAUUCAAGCAUAUUAGCUUUAUUAGGUAUAUCCGAUGAUUCUGCAAUAAGUAGUAGCAGUUCUAAUAGCGAAGAUAACAAAUUAAGUAUAAUUCCAAACUAUUUAAGAAAUCCCCCCGUCAAUCCACAGGUUGAUAUUGGAAAUAGAACAAGAAGCCGUCACAGCGUUAUCAGUAAUAUGCCUACCACAAUGUUGCCGGCAGUUCAGGCAGAUGAUCUAGUACUGAAGGUAAGAAUUGCAAAUUCUUCUGAUCCUGAUUAUAUUGAAGUGGAACUUCCGCGAUGGAAACUCACUUAUUCUACCCUUUUGAAUGUUUGCUGCGAAGAAUUGCAGAUACAACCGAGUUUGGUGGAGAGAAUAAGGAAGUUACCAAAUACGCGUCUCAGAAAAGACAGUGAUGUGAAAAGACUGACCGAAUUUCAAUGUCUCGAAAUUGUUAUAAAGACGAGAGAAAAAGUUUGCAACGGUUUUCAAAGUAUCUCAACAUGUAAAGAUCAGACUAUUCUAUAUUAGCUAAGAAAACAUAAUUGUAAGCAAUAACAAAAUGUUUUAGUAAAUGAUACUUAAGUAAGCUAUGAUAAUUUGCUUAUUUAUUUGCUUGUAACUGCACUAUUUUGUUAUUUGAUGUUGCAUCACAUUAAUUAGCAAAAAUAAAGGUAUCUUUAGUCUAA